CGGCACCAAACGGCAACGUCGGUGAUCUUAUAUUCGUUACGUUUCUCUCAUUUGCUUCUUUUCUAUUUUUUUGAUUUUGAUUAGAUUGUUUUUUUUUCGUCUUUCUGAAAAAGCCCUUCUCUUUCUCUCUCUACAUUCAACGGGCAAACCGCUCUCUUUCUCUCUCUAGAAUCUGCUGUUGUUUCCAACGGCAACCUAAAAUUUCCUUUUUUGCAAUGAUUCCCGCCAGUUUUUAAGUUGUGAUUGUGAUUAGGAUGUGUGAUAUAGUGAAUUGUAUUACAAGUAUCCGAGUUGGAGAUGGCAGAAGGUGAUUUGAAAGCGGAGGAGUGUUGUUUGGAGAACAAACAAUCAGCUGCUGCUUCGAGUUCGUCAGUUUCCGAGGAAGAGGGUAGUGCCAGUGUUAGUCUCAAGUCUUCGGGCGUUAGUAGCCCGGUUGCCACUUCGCCUUCUCAUAGGAGGACUACAGGACCAAUUAGGCGAGCAAAGGGUGGUUGGACACCUGAAGAGGACGAAACAUUACGAAAUGCAGUUUCAACUUUCAAAGGAAAGAGUUGGAAAAAAAUAGCCGAGUUCUUCCCAGAUAGAUCUGAAGUACAAUGUCUGCACAGAUGGCAGAAAGUUCUUAAUCCUGAGCUUGUUAAAGGACCAUGGACUCAAGAGGAGGAUGAAAUAAUUAUUAAGUUAGUGGCAAGAUAUGGCCCUACAAAGUGGUCUGUGAUUGCCAAGUCUUUACCUGGGCGUAUUGGAAAGCAAUGCCGAGAACGGUGGCACAAUCAUUUGAAUCCAGAUAUAAAGAAGGAUGCUUGGACAUUGGAUGAAGAACUAGCUCUUAUGAAUGCACAUCGUAUAUAUGGGAACAAAUGGGCUGAAAUAGCCAAGUAUUUACCUGGAAGGACCGAUAAUGCAAUAAAAAAUCACUGGAACAGUUCCUUGAAGAAGAAGCUAGAUUUUUAUUUGGCCACUGGUAAACUCCCACCUGUUGCAAAGAAUAAUCUCCAAAAUAAUGCAAGGGAUGUAGAAAUACCCACUUCCAAUGAGAAAUUGAUGGUUGGUUCAAAUAAGGAAUCCGAUUCAUCUGCUCAGACUUCUUCAGGUGCUACAGACCAUGUACCAGAAGACACAAAUAUUAAGUUGAAUAUGGCUAGUAAUCUUCAAGAAAUGGGUCCAUCCAGCUGUCCUGCUGAUGAGACUGCUGACUCUGAUGUUGUGGAGCGAUCAUCUUAUAUAGACUUCAGUUGUAAAAAUAUACACUCUUUACCAUUACCAUCACUUGAUAAAUGCAGGAGUGUUGAUGUGCUUGGUCAAAACGAAGAUGCUGCUACUCCUCUUCACCCAGUAAAUCCAACUUAUGGGUCACUGUACUAUAAACCACCACAGUGUGAAACUUGUAGUCCAUCAGAAUCAAACUUGACCAACAGUUGCACACAAUCUGAUUGCAGCCCAGCACCACUCACAUCUCGCACAGGCUUCUUCACUCCACCUAGUGUGAAGAGCAAUGGUGUUUCUGCUCAUAGCCCAGAAUCUAUAUUGAAAAUUGCAGCUAUGACAUUUCCUAAUACUCCUUCCAUAAUGAGAAAGAGAAAGGUACAAUAUCAAACCCCUCAAACCCUAAAGAAUGGAAAAUGUGAAGAAGCUUCCUGCAAAGAUAGGUGCUCAUCUUCAAUUGAGCAGCAAAGUGCAAUACAUCAAUCUAUGAAUCAGGAUGGAAGCUUGGUUCCCACUCCUCCAUCUCAUUCCUCUGUUGUGAAUGAAUUUUGCAAUGGAAAGCCUUUUAAUGCAUCUCCGCCAUAUCGGUUAAGAACAAAACGCACAGCUAUAAUCAAGUCUGUGGAGAAACAGCUGGAAUUCACAUUGGACAAAGAGAAAGAAGGUGACACGAAAUCGUUAGAAUUGCAGUUCAGGGGCAACUCUCCUCUCAGGGAAGGAAUGUCGUAUACAAAGAUGGGGAUAACCUAGUGUUUGGUAUAGAAAUCGAAGAGAGCAUCAUAGCUGGAUGAGCCUUCUCUUAGAAAAUUAGGAGAUGAUAUUUUGUUAAUCAAGGGUCGAAGAACAGAGAGGAUCAGGCAUAUUUGAGGGAACCACGCUUUGUAAACAAGAUGAUUUGCACAGGAGUUGUGUACAUUAAAGCCGAUAUAUCAGCUAACAACAAUGGCUCAAUUUUUUUUAUACCAAUAGGCGUUUCCAAAGC